ACAAUAUCAAAUUUUUUGUUGUUUCAGCAUCCAUACCCCAGCCCUGGUGCAGCCAAGCUUGAUUUUUCGUCAGGUUGAGAUGCAGAGUCAGGCACUGAGGCAGCCUUGCUUCCAACCUCUCUCAGCAUCGAGAAGGGAACAUGCCAGUGGAAGGCUUAGCUGCGUGAAGGUCCUGGCAGCCAAGCAAUACAGCACGAUAAGAGAGAAGCCUCGCGCUCGUGGAUUUGUUCAGGAGGACAAUUCUGGCAAAUCCAACAUCUUUGGCGUCGAGCCGCGCAGCCUCUACACCAGCAGUCCUACGGCGGACCGGGCUGCCAGGCAGGGACUGGGAGGCCAGCAAGGAUUGAUUGUGGUGGCAGUCUGCAUUGCUGUGAUCGCCGCUGUCACAUUCCUCGGGAAGGAGGGACCCCAGACGCUGGCUCAGGUUUCUGCCGUAGCGGAUAGCAGGGACUCGCUGAGCGCUUUGGCAGCCUCCAUCAAGGCUUCCAUUUAGGAGAGAAAUAUGAUUCCAUGUCAUUCCUAAACUCUGUCAUGGGAGUGGAAGUGCUGUUGACCGCCUGUAUGGCACAUGUCAGCUGCAGCAUGCACCCCAGAACUGCAGGGUCAGACUUUCUGACUUUACGUACAACAUGCAGCACUGUGAAAUUUUUUGUCUGUGUCCAACCCGUGACUGCUUCUGAUAUUGGCCAAUGAAGGUCCUCAAUUUGUCUUGGGGUAUAAAUCUUGCAGAUGAAGCAUGCAGCUACUGGUGUGCACUGCUGGCAGCUGCAUGGCUUUGCCGAUUUCACCAUAUGGUAUUCGAUGAGCCAUCGCAAUCAUGAAGAUUGGCAACCACCUGUAAUCUUGCUAUUCCC